AUGGCCUUUCUGCUGAGUCUGAGACAUGAGCAGCAGCAACACAGCCCCGCUGCCUUCUCCAGCGACCCCGCCGCCGCCGCAGCAGCAGCAGCAGCAGCAGCAGACGGCGCUGCUGCUGCUGCUGCUGCAGACUGCUUCUUCCCGCCUGCGCCGCUCCCGGAAGCAGCACCUGCGGUGUACAGACACCUGGGGCUGCUGCCUUCUGGCCUCAAAAGCGGCGCUGCGCUGCAGCGGCUGCGGCAAGCAGCAGAUGGAAUAGCCCACAGCAAGGCACUUGUGAGACGCAGCACCUGCUGCUGCUGCUGCUGCUGCUGCUGCUGCUGCUGCUGCUGCUGCUGCUGCUGCUGUAGCUGCUGUGGCUGUGGCUGUUGCGGCGGCCGUCACUGCUGCAACGCGAGCGGCGUGGCGAUCUCAGUUGACGGGGUUUUGCCGACUGCUUCAUUUGCUGCUGCUGUUGCUGCUGCUGCUGCUGCCGCUGCUGCUGCUGCUGCUGCUGCUGCUGUUGCUGUGCAGGUAUUUGAAAGGCUUGUGGCUAUUCUAGUUGACCGCUUUGAAUACCACGCCACCCUGUGGGUGUCAAAGCCCCACCCGCCUGCAGCAGCAAGCAGCAGCAGCAGCAGCAGCAGCAGCAGCAGCAGCAGCAGCAGGCAAGAGCAGCAGGCGCUCAAUCUGCCGCUUCCGCAUGACGCUCUGCGGGAGCUGGUCAAAGACAUAUCUUCAAUGCAUAAGGUUUUGGUGAGGGUUCUGCCGCAGGAGAGCGUCAGCCGGCUCUUUGCUUUGGCCUUCCACUCAAUGGCCGACAUAUUUGCAGCCAAGCUGCAGCAGCAGCAGCAGCAGCAGCAGCAGCAGCAGGGAUCUGCUGCAGCUGCUGCAGCUAGCAGCGUGCAGCUUCAGCGCCUACCGAGCGGCGAAACUCCCGCUGCGCUUUCUUGCUCCGACACCCCAGCAGCAGCAGCAGCAGCAGCUGCUGCUGCUGCGCCCUCAGCAGCAACAGCAGCAGCAGCAGCAGCAGCAGCAGAGGACGGGUGGACUGUGGGGGAUCGGCUGUGCGUAGACUGCCUGUGUCUCUAUGAAAGCCUCAAAGGCUUCAGUUUGCUGCUGCUGCCGCUGUCGCUGUGGGCCCGGGACUUGGCGAAAGCAGCAGCAAAGUUUUGCCCCCCAAAGGCGGCGCUGCAGCAGCUGCUAGACGCUGCGCUGCCCCAGUGA